AUGAAAGAAUCAAAAGGUCAACCAUAUUCUGGUUAUUAUACUGGUAGAAAACCAGAAGGUCAACCUUAUUAUGGUUAUUAUUCAGGUUUCAAUAAAAGUGCAUCAGCUCAAAUUCAUCAUUUAGCUAAAACUAUAACAACUCAAGGUCAAUCAUAUUUUGAUGAAACUAUUUUUACAAGACAAAGUACUCGUAUAAAUACUCCUCAUGGAGUAAAUCCUAUAUUUGAUAAAACAGAUCCAACAUUAGAUCCAGAAUCUCCAAAUUUUAGUUCCAAAAGAUGGGUUCAAAAUAUGUGGAAAUUAUAUCAAAGUGAUUCUGAAUAUUAUAAACCUGGUAAAUUAGGUGUUGCAUAUAAAAAUUUAAGAGUUUAUGGUGAUGCUAUAGAAAGUGAUUAUCAAACAACUGUUUCAAAUGGUAUAUUUAAAUCAAUAAAACAUUUUAUAAAUAAAUUUAGAAAAGAUAAUGAUGAAUAUACUUUUGAUAUUUUAAAACCAAUGGAAGGUUUAAUAAAACCUGGUGAAGUUACAGUUGUAUUAGGAAGACCUGGUGCUGGUUGUACUACAUUUUUAAAAACUAUUGCAUGUCAUACUGAAGGUUUUAAAGUUGCUGAUGGUUCAAUAAUAUCAUAUGAUGGUAUAACACCAGAAGAAAUUAAAAAGAACCUUAGAGGUGAAGUUGUGUAUUGUGCAGAAACUGAAACUCAUUUCCCCAAUUUAACUGUUGGACAAACUUUAGAAUUUGCUGCAUUAAUGAAAACUCCAAGAAAUAGACCUUUAGGGGUAUCAAGAGAAGAUUAUGCUAAACAUAUUGUUGAUGUUGUUAUGGCAACUUAUGGUUUAUCACAUACAAAAAAUACAAAAGUUGGAAAUGAUUUUAUAAGAGGUGUUUCUGGUGGUGAAAGAAAAAGAGUUUCAAUAGCUGAAGUUUCAUUGGUGCAGGCAUCAAUUCAGUGUUGGGAUAAUUCAACAAGAGGUUUAGAUUCUGCUACUGCUUUAGAAUUUAUAAGUUCUUUGAAGACAUCAGCAUCAAUUUUAAAUGAUACUCCAUUAAUUGCUAUAUAUCAAUGUUCUCAAGAUGCUUAUGAUUUAUUUGAUAAAGUUAUUGUUAUGUAUGAAGGUUAUCAAAUAUUUUUUGGAUCAAGUCAAAGAGCUGCAAUAUAUUUUCAAAAAAUGGGAUUUGUAUGUGAAGAAAGACAAACAACUCCAGAUUUUUUAACUUCAAUAACAAAUCCAGCUGAAAGAAUUAUAAAACCAGGUUUUGAAAGAAUAGUACCAAGAACUCCAAAGGAAUUUUAUAGAUAUUGGAGAAGAUCACCAGAAAGACAAGCUUUAUUAGAGGAAAUUGAUGAGUAUUUAGAUAAUUGUGAAAAUUAUGAUCAAAAACAAGAAAUUUUUGAAGCUAUGUUAGCUAAAAAGGCUAAAAAUGCUGAUAAAAAAUCUCCUUAUACUGUUUCAUUACCAAUGCAAGUUCGUUAUAUAAUGAAAAGAAAUUGGGAUAGAAUGAGAGGUGAUCCAUCAGUUCCUAUAUUAACUAUAAUUGGUAAUGUUGCAAUGAGUUUAAUUUUAGCUUCAGUAUUUUAUAAUUUAAAACCUGAUACUGGAUCAUUUUAUUAUAGAACUGCUGUUAUGUAUUAUUCAUUAUUAUUUAAUGCUUAUAGUUCAGUUUUGGAAAUUUAUACAAUUUAUGAAGGUAGAGCAAUUGUUUUAAAACAUAAAGAAUAUGCUUUAUAUCCACCAAUGGCAGAUGCAAUAGGAUCAAUAUUUGGUGAUCUACCGUUAAAAAUUAUAACAAGUUGUUUAUUUAAUCUUAUAUUAUAUUUUAUGGUAAAUUUCAAAAGACAGCCAGGUGCUUUCUUUUUUUAUUUAUUAAUUAAUUUUUUAUCAACUUUAAUGAUGUCACAUUUAUUUAGAACAAUUGGUGCUUAUACGAGAACAUUAGCUGAAGCAAUGACUCCUUCAUCAAUUUUAUUAUUUGCUAUGUCAACUUUUACUGGUUUUGCUAUUCCAAUAACUUAUAUGCUUGGUUGGUGUAAAUGGAUUCAUUGGAUAAAUCCAUUAGCUUAUGCUUAUGAAGCUUUAAUAUCAAAUGAAUUUCAUGGUAGAACUUUUAAUUGUUCAUAUUUUGUUCCUUCUGGUUUUGGUUAUCCUUCAACUGGUAAUUCUGUUGUUUGUGCUUCAUUAGCUGCAAUACCUGGAAGUGAUUUUGUUGAUGGUGAUUUAUAUAUUCAAGCUGCUUUUAGUUAUUAUUGGAGAAAUGCAUGGAGAGAUUUUGGUAUAUUAUUAUCAUUUGUUAUAUUUUUAUUUAUAACUACUUUAAUUUGUGUUGAAUAUUCAAGAACUGAUAAAUCAAAAGGUGAGGUAUUAGUUUUUAGAAAAAAGCAUAUUGUUAAAAUGAGAUCAGAAAUUGAAGAUGAAGAAGCUGCAUAUGUUGAAAAUAAUAAUGGUAAAUUACAUAGUCUUGAAUUUAGUGGUUCUACAGAAUUUUCAGAUUUUUCAUAUGAUUAUGUUGAUCCAAAAAUUUUAGAAACUUCAAAUGUUUUCCAUUGGAGAAAUUUAACUUAUACUUUAAAAGUUAAAGGUCAAGAAAGAACUAUUUUAAAUGAUAUUGAUGGUUGGGUAAAACCAGGUGAAGUUACUGCUUUAAUGGGAGCUUCUGGUGCUGGUAAAACUACUUUAUUAAAUGCAUUAAGUGAAAGAUUAACUGUUGGAGUUAUUACUAAUGGUUCAAGAAUGGUAAAUGGAUGUCAAUUAGAUAAUUCAUUUCAAAGAUCAAUUGGUUAUGUUCAACAACAAGAUUUACAUUUAGAAACUUCAACUGUAAGAGAAGCUUUAAGAUUUAGUGCAUAUUUAAGACAACCAAAAGAAGUUUCUAAAGUUGAUAAAAAUGUUUAUGUUGAAAAAAUUAUUGAAUUAAUGGAAAUGGAAAAUUAUGCAGAUGCAAUAGUUGGUGUUCCAGGACAAGGUUUAAAUGUUGAACAAAGGAAAAGAUUAACAAUUGCUGUUGAAUUAGUUGCAAGACCUAAAUUAUUAUUAUUUUUAGAUGAACCAACUUCAGGAUUAGAUUCUCAAACUGCUUGGUCUAUAUGUAAAUUAAUUAGAAAAUUAGCAAAUCAUGGUCAAGCUAUAUUAUGUACUAUACAUCAACCAUCAUCAAUUUUAUUAGAAGAAUUUGAUAGAUUAUUAUUUUUAAGAGCAGGAGGAGAAACUGUUUAUUUUGGAGAAUUUGGUUAUAAUUGUAAAACUUUAAUUAAUUAUUUUGAAAGAAAUGGAGCUCCAAAAUGUCCACCAAAUGCAAAUCCUGCUGAAUGGAUGUUACAUGUUAUAGGUGCAGCACCAGGAUCACAAGCAAAUCAAGAUUAUUUUGAAGUUUGGAGAAAUUCCAAGGAAUAUAAAUUAGUUCAAGAUGAAUUAAAUAGAUUAGAAUUUGAAAAUCAUGGUGAAAAAACUAUUUAUGAUGAUAAUCCAGAUUCAAGAAAUUCUUAUGCUUCACCAAUAUGGUCACAAUAUUAUUAUGUUUUAAAAAGAUUAUUUCAACAAUAUUGGAGAACUCCUUCUUAUAUUUAUUCAAAAUUUGCAAUGGCUAUAUUAUGUUCAUUAUUUAAUGGUUUUACAUUUUUUAAAUCAAAAAAUUCUAUACAAGGUUUACAAAAUCAAAUGUUAUCAAUUUUUAUGUUAUUUGUUAUAAUGACAACAUUAUCUCAACAAUAUGUUCCAAUGUUUGUUUCUCAAAGAGAUUUAUAUGAAGCAAAAGAAAGACCAGCAAAAACUUUUUCAUGGUUAGCUUUUAUAUUAGCUCAAAUUACAGCUGAAAUUCCUUAUCAAAUAGUUGCAGCAGCAUUAUCUUUUUUCACAUGGUAUUAUCCAGUUGGAAUGUAUAGAAAUGCUGGAGAUGCAUUACAUCAAAGAGGAGCAUUAAUGUGGUUAAGUAUGACAUUAAUGUUUAUUUAUAGUUCAACUUUAGCUCAAUUAUGUAUUUCAUUCAAUCAAUUAGCUGAUAAUGCAGCAAAUGGUAUAUCAAUGUUAAUUACUAUAUGUAUGACAUUUUGUGGUGUUAUUGCAACAAAAGAUUUUAUGCCAAGAUUUUGGAUUUUUCUUUAUAGAUUUAAUCCAUUUACUUAUUUAGUAAGUUCAAUGUUAUCAAUUGGUAUUGGAAAUUCUCAUGUUAGAUGUUCAGAUAAAGAAUUAUUACAUUUUCCACCAGAACAACCAGGUAUUCAAAAAUGUAAAGAUUAUAUGGGUGCUUAUAUAUCUAUAGCUGGUGGAUAUUUAUUGAAUCCUGAUUCAACUGAUAAUUGUUCAUUUUGUAGAAUGGAUAAAACUGAUCAAUAUCUUAAUUCAUUAAAUAUUUCAAUUCAUAAUUAUGGUAGAGAUACAGGAGUAUUUAUUGGUUUCAUUGCUUUUAAUAUGAUUAUGACAGCUUUCUUAUAUUGGUUAUUUAGAGUUCCCAAGGGAAGUAGAGUUAAAAAUAAUAAUUGGUUAGCAAGAUUAUUCUUUCAUAAUGGUUAUAAUGAUCAAGCUUAG